GCGGUAAACAUCCGUCGCAGCCUAGUUUUUUAGAGGGAAAAUGUAUCGUCUUCGUUCCAAGUCUUUCACCGGAAUCGCUCUCAACACUUUUUUGUCUGCUGUGCCAUUCGAAGAAGUUUAUUUUAGAAGACACCAUAGUAAAAACUGGUCGUGUAUUGGCUGAUUUUGGUUAUUCGCGCCCUAAAUUUGCAGGAAAAUGCCAAGAUCCAAGAAGAAGAGCAAUAGGGGGGCCCACCAUGGCAAUGGGCAGCCGUUCAGUGAUGAGGACGCCUCCAUCGAGACGCUCAGCCACUGCAGCAGCUUCAGCGACUCUGUCAGCGUCGCAGAGGAAGCAGGUGAGUCGGGCGAGGAUUCGGCUCAGGAGGAUUUCCAGUUCAAGCUGAAGGUGUACAUCGACAGCACUGUCGACAAGAGUGCUAAGACCAGGCAGGGUGCUUUGGACGGCCUGAAGACUGCCAUGGCAACCAAGAUACUGUACGAGUUCAUCUUGGACCAGAGGAUGACCAUCACAGACAGCAUUGAGCGCUGCUUAAAGAAAGGUAAAGGUGAUGAGCAGCGUGCGGCGGCCUCCCUGGCCUGCCUGCUCUGCAUCCAGCUGGGCUCUGGCAUCGAGAGUGAGGAGGUCUUCAAAUCGCUCAAGCCCAUCUUCAAGACCAUCCUCGCAGACAACUCUGCCAACAUACAGGCUCGCCAGGCGUGUGCUACGAGUUUGGGCCUGUGCACUCUGGUUGCUGAGGACAAUGUCUUGGAUGUGUGUGGGACCAUGGAGCUGUUUGAGAGCUUGUUCACGCGCUCGUACACUCGCGCGGACGGCAGCCGGGCCUCCCUGAGCCCCCAGACCAGCCAGCUGCACACCAACGCACUGCUGUCCUGGGCGCUGCUACUGACCAUCAGCAGCGGCAGCCACAUACGCACCGUACUGCACAAGCACCUGCCUAAGCUGCCUACUCUGCUGGACAGUGAGGACGUGAACAUGAGGAUCGCGGCAGGAGAGACCAUCGCACUGCUCUUUGAACUUGCCAGGGAUAUGGAGCCGGACUUUGACAGCGAGGACUGGGAGGAGUUGUGCGAGAAGCUGAAUGCCCUGGCGACCGACUGCAACAAGCACAGAGCCAAGAACGACAAGAGGAAGCAGAGAUCUGUCUUCAGGGACGUCCUCAAGGCCGUGGAGGAGGGAGAUUUCCAGUGCGAGACCAUCCGGUUUGGCACGGAGCGUAUGACCAUCGACAGCUGGGUGAGGAAGAGGACCUACGAUGCCUUCAGGGAGUUUGUGGGCUCUGGAAUGAACUACCACCUGCAGAGUAAUGAGUUUAUAAGAGACGUGUUUCAGCUGGGGCCACCCAUACUGAUCGACUCCGCCACUCUCAAGGCCAUGAAGACCUCUCGGCUGGAAAGGCAUCUGUACAAUGCUGCUGCCUUCAAAGCUCGGACCAAGGCCAGGAACAAGUUCCGUGACAAGCGAGUGGAUGUGGGAGAAUUUUAAAUCUUUUCAUUUGUCUUUUUGCCUUUUGCUCUACCUACUUUUUUAUUUUUGUUUUUACUUUUUUUGUGGUCAUUCUACACCCAUAGUUUGAACAAUUUAAGUAUUCUAUACUGUAUGGUAGUACUAAUUGACCUUGUACUGUAUAUUUUUUAAUUUAUGGAGUAUUUAAAUGAACACUUUGUUUAUACGGUUCUAAUGGCUUUUUCACUUUGUCUUUGUAUUGUCUUUUCUUUGUGGUCAUCAUCUUAUCAUGAAAUUCUAAAUAUUCCAUGGUGACCCCUGUCAGUUAUUUGUUUAUUUAGAAAAUGUACAGUUCUCCUGUGUAGUGGUGGUGUUUUUGUUCUUCUAUCCUAAGAAAUCAUAGCGCCAACUAAUAAUAAAUAUGAAAUGGUAAACCGA